AGUGUCCUUACUUCCUGUUAGACGAUACAGGGAAGUUACUUAGUGUUACAGGAACCAAGACACAGAGGGGUGCACCACAUCUUAGUGACCGGUAUGGAUGUUGUAUGCUUCUCCUUUGACUGUACCUUUAACGACGAUGGCAGUUCAAACUGUACCACCAUUGAUCCAAGGUACACCAAAACAACGACAUAUAAACCUACAUUUAAACCAACACGACAAACCGCAACGAACUCGACUACGGCAAAACCACCUCCUACUGAACCGAUCACAACUCCAAAGGCUACAGCGAAACCGACUACGGCAAAACCAUCUCCUACUAAACCUAUUACUACUCCAAAGACUACAGCGAAACCGACCACGGCAAAACCAUCUCCUACUGAACCGACUACGGUACCACUAUCGUCACAGAAAUCUUCGGUAGCCACGCAUACAUCCUAUCAAACAACCGAUGUCAUCUACACCACUACCAACAUCAGGACGUCAUCUCUUCCAAUGGGACAUAAAGUGACGUCACCAGGAACACCUGCUGUUGGACCUUCCGUCUAUAUACCGUGUUCAGUUGUGGGUUUUGUUGUAGUAGUGGUCCUGCUCGCCAGUAUUGCUAUUGUACGUCGCUAUAGAAACCGAAGGCGAAGUUCGGAGGCCAGGCGACUUUUGGAAGCUGAUUCUAUGGGUGACCUUAUAGAUGAAACACCUCCGUCUACAGUGAGGGGGUAUGUGCAGCCUACUGUCCUAUCACCAAACGGCGACCCUAUGUUCCAAGACGUCUCCCUAACAGAUGAAAGCGACGAUACAGACGAAACUGAAGUGGAACGUCUAGACUUAAUUGAAUUUAGUUCGAAAGACAGCUAUGAUUUGGAAAAAGCAGCACCAGUUCAUACGGACAAUAUCAUAUUUGAUAUAUCAACAGUACGCACACAGAGAGAACGGAAUGUCAAUGAAGACAACGUUGUUUGAAUUACGGUCAAGUUUUAGUCGGUUGUGGAGUAGGUAAAGAAGUGCUAGAAUAUUUAAUGUUUUGUCAAAACUGUGGUGCAGAACUCAAGCAUUCAAAUUUUAUUCGAUUAUGGAAAAAUAAGUAUUUAAACAGAUGAAAAACAAGGUAAUCGUGUUACAAUGUCUGUUGAACACUCUUAUUAUGCCCUAAACGAUUUCAGAUUUUUAGACAAAACCUUUCUGUAUUACUAUCGUUCAUACAAUCAUAUCUGUAUCCUUUUUAGAAGUUUUAAAUAAAUCUACAUAACAUUUCUAUAUAUAGUAACAUUACCUUUCUAGCUGGUGACAUUACCUUGGAUAUCAAUAUUUAGUAUUCGACUCUAACUACAUGUAUAUAAUUUUAUUCCACUGUUAUUUGUAAAUGUAUGUUUUGGUAUAUAUUAACAAAUGUGAUGGAUGUAUUAUACAUGACAUUUUGGAUUAAAAUUUCAAAAAGAAA